AUGUCUUCUGUCAAAGCCUAUGGCAAACUUGACGAGGCCGAGCAAGCACGGCUCGAGGCUCGUCGAAGAACCCGCAAAAGAAUCACCAUCAUAAGCCUUUCUUCAAUACUUCUUGUUGCCAUUGUUUUUGCUGCUGUGGUGGGGACUCGUGCUUCUAGUGGAAACUCAAACAAGGGUGGAGCUGAUAAGUCACUUUCCACAUCAGUCAAAGCUGUUUGUGAUGUCACAUUGUAUAAGGAUUCUUGUUACAAUAACCUUGCUCCUGUGGCUAAGCCAGACCAGCUCCAACCCGAGGAGCUUUUCAAAUUGGCAAUCCAAGUGGCCAAGAAUGAAUUGUCAAAAGCCUCUCAGCAUUUCUCUAAGGAUGGAGGGGUGCUUUACAAUGGCGUCAAGGAUAAUAUGACAAUUACAGCCUUGGAAAAUUGCCAAGAGCUUUUGAGUUUGGCAUUGGACCAUCUUGAUAACUCAAUAUUGGAAGCAGGUCAUGGUGUCAGUGUGAUUGAUAUUGUGGAUGAUCUAAGAACUUGGCUGAGUACUUCAGGCACUUGCUAUCAAACAUGCAUUGAUGGCCUUUUGGAGACAAAAUUAAAGGCUACUGCUAAUGAUUAUCUCAAGAGUUCAAGUGAAUUGACUAGCAAUAGCCUGGCAAUCAUCACUUGGAUUUCCAAGGUUGCAAGCUCAGUGAACAUCCAUAGGCGCUUAUUGAAUGACGAAGACCAAGAGAUGCCCAAGUGGCUGCAUCCAGAAGCUCGUAAACUGCUUCAGAGUUCAGAUUUGAACAAGGCUGAUGCUAUCGUGGCUCAAGAUGGGUCUGGAAAGUACAAAAGAAUCACUGAUGCCCUCAAAGAUGUUCCUGAAAAAAGCCAGAAGAGGUAUGUGAUCUACGUGAAGAAAGGGAUUUAUUUCGAAAAUGUUCGUAUCGAGAAGAAGCAAUGGAAUGUCACGAUGAUUGGUGACGGAAUGAAUGCAACAAUUGUAUCUGCGAGCCUGAACGUUGUCGACGGAACUCCUACAUUCUCAACUACAACAUUUGCUGUGUUUGGGAGGGGAUUCAUUGCUAGAGAUAUGGGGUUCCGUAACACAGCCGGUGCAAUCAAGCAUCAAGCAGUGGCCUUGAUGUCAAAUGCUGAUAUGUCGGCCUUUUACAGAUGCAGCAUGGAUGCUUUUCAGGACACUCUCUACACACAUGCGAAUCGGCAAUUCUACCGUGAAUGCAACAUUUAUGGAACAGUUGAUUUUAUCUUUGGAAACUCAGCUGUUGUCAUUCAAAACAGCAACAUACUACCCAGGAAACCCAUGGAAGGCCAACAGAACACCAUCACUGCACAAGGCAGGAUUGACCCUAAUCAAAAUACCGGAAUUUCAAUUCAAAACUGUACCAUCUUGCCUUAUGGGGACUUGAGUUCUGUCAAGACUUACCUUGGCCGACCUUGGAAGAAUUACUCAACAACUGUAUUCAUGCGUUCGAUGAUGGGGAGCUUGACCGACCCUGCUGGAUGGCUGCCAUGGACAGGAGAUACAGCACCUCCUACCAUAUUCUACGCUGAAUUUAAGAAUUUCGGGCCUGGUGCUUCAACAAAGAACAGGGUUAAAUGGAAGGGCUUGAAAACCAUUACCAAUAAACAAGCUAGUAAAUUUACAGUGAAGGCAUUCAUCCAGGGAGAGGGGUGGCUCAAAGGCACUGGUAUUAGCUACAAACCUGGUCUCUGACAGUGAUACGUAUCGCAGAGAACAUUUCCUUUUUUGUGUUCCUUUCAUGUUUCUGUUCCCUUUAUGUUGUUUUCCUAUACCAUUUUUUGUCAAUACUUUUUACCUUGCAAGGUUGAUUGAUUGUAAGUUAAGUUUGAAA